UUCUCUCUUAUUGUCCAAAUAUUAUAGAAAGAAAGGGACUUUAUUCAAAAUUAUGGACCCAUUGUCCUCUGCUUAAAUUCCAGGCUUUCGUGGACGACACGAUCCGAUUCUGCCGCUAUUGCAUUCUCUCCCUUCAAUUUUAGUUUUUUUGUUUGGUCUCAAAAUUGGAUGUAAAUGGAGGAUCAAGUUCAGCAGCAGCAGUUUGUUGGGAUGGCGGAUCUAAGGCAGCUGAUGAACGGGAGAGCAGCAGUGCCACCUCAUCAUUUCCAAGGAGUAGUUCAGCCGCCGGCGGAUUUUUUUUCGGGGCAUCGUGCAGCUGGGGGACUAACGCAGUAUGAGAUGAUGAUGGUGGGAGUACCACGUGGAGGGUUGCAAGACUUGAUGUCGUCAGCUGAUACUAAUACUACUCCUCCUUGUGGUGGUGGUUGUGGUGGCGGUGGCGGUGUGAGUGGGUUGUUAGAGAUGAGCGAGGGUGGUUGUUUCGGAGGAGGUGACGGAGGAAAUGGGAGAUGGCCGAGACAAGAGACUUUGACACUUCUUGAGAUCAGAUCUCGUCUUGAUUCCAAGUUUAAGGAGGCUAAUCAAAAGGGUCCUUUGUGGGAUGAGGUUUCUAGGAUAAUGUCUGAGGAACAUGGGUACCAAAGGAGUGGAAAGAAAUGCAGAGAAAAAUUCGAAAACUUGUACAAAUAUUACAAGAAGACCAAGGAAGGCAAAGCUGGAAGACAAGAUGGAAAACACUACAGGUUCUUUAGACAACUUGAAGCUCUAUAUGGGGACACUAGUACUUCUAAUACAGCCACUCCAACCUUAAUCCAAGACACCAAUUUCAACACUAUGCGAUUCCACACUACAAGCAAUACUUCCACGCCUGGAAAUAAUCAAGACACAUUGUUUCACUCUCAAAAACUAUGUGACAGCCUCAGCCUCUCCAAUAAUUCGUCUUAUUUGGAUACUACUUCAUCCGACGACAAUGAUCUUAGCACCGGAGCAAAUGACUCGUCUGAUAAGAGGAGGAAGAGGAGAGGAGGAAUGAGGAGUUGGAAGGUGAAGAUAAAGGAGUUCAUCGACUCGCAGAUGAGGAAGUUAGGUGAGAAGCAAGAAGAGUGGUUAGAUAGAUUGACAAGGACCCUUGAACAGAAGGAGCAAGAGAGGUUGAUUAGAGAAGAAGAAUGGAGAAAACAAGAGGCUUCAAGGAUUGAUAGAGAGCACAAGUUUUGGGCUAAAGAGAGAGCGUGGAUCGAAGCUCGAGAUAAUGCCUUAAUGGAGGCAUUACAGAAGGUUACUGGGUUAGAAGUAAAAGAGGUUGCAUCUCCUGAUCAUGGACAUGAUCAAAAUGGAAAUACUAAUGAAGCAAUGUUAAACAAAGGUGUGGAUUGCAACACUUGGCAAGAAUCCGAGAUCACAAGGUUGAUUGAAUUGAGAAGUGUAAUGGAACCAAGGUUCCAACAAAGUGGUGGUGAAGAUGAUGUUGUUUUGUGGGAAGAAAUAUCAACUAAGAUGGCUCAGUAUGGUUAUGAAAGGAGCACAUUAGCUUGUAAAGACAAGUGGGAGAGUAUAAAUGAUUGUAUUAUGAUGAGAAGGAACAAGGAGGUUAACAACAAGAGAAUCAGGAAAGAGAAUUCAAGUUAUUUUCAAAGCAAUAUUGAGUCUCUAUACAACCAAGGAGGAGGAUAUGGUGAAAUGAGUACUCAAGAAGGGUCUUCACCUUCUAACGCUAGCACAAGCAAUGGUUUGAAUGUGAAUGAGAGCUGCAUUAGGUUUCUGAUGAAUGAUGGAGCAAAUAUUAAUUUGUGGGAGAAUUAUGGUUUGAAGCUUAGUAGAGGAGGAAACCAGUAGAAGCUAGCCUGCUAGCUAAAGGAUCAUGUGGAGAGUUUUCUUACAUACUUUGGGUAACUAAUGCAACUUAAUGGUGUAAUGCAUGGGGAAGUUCUUUAACGUUGACCUAAUCUGGUAUAGCAGGUUAAUUUCAAUGUUGUUGCAAGUAGUCUCUAACUAAGGCUGUGGGUGUUAUUUAUUAUUACAUAUGUUUAAUUUGCUUCUUUUGGGGUUUUUUCAUUGUUUUAUUGUUUAUAUUUUCAGGUUGUAUAUCAAUGGGUGCUCUGGCAUUGUUUAUUUU